UGUACUUACUGCUUCGGUUUACGACACCUCAGUGUCACACAUCUGGGAGGUGUGGCUAAAAUUAAUAACUGUAGGUGGAACUUAAUACUGAACAAGAAUUGUCUUUGUGGAGUAUGGGUGCAUGCCACGCAGUAAUUCAAUCAGUAUGUUUGGAUUCCUUGAAUAUGACUAAAAACCCAAAUUGUCCUAUUUGGGUAAACUUGAAUAAACAAAAGAAGGUGAAGAAUUAAACAAAUACUGAAAUAUUUCAUUUUAAUGUCUCAGGCAUUUAUGGGUUCAAAAUAAUGUGAGAAGGUGGAAUUGUAGUAGAUUACGUUACAGGUUAGUCGGUAUAACUUGCAUCGCUCAGGGGUGUGAAUAAGCCAUCCCCUGAGCGACACAAGUUAGUUACAUCAACGUAAGUGCUGGUGUGGAACAGCACUAUGUUGGUGGGAGAGCUGCUUCUGUUGACAUCGCUACCGCUUCUCGGGAAGGUGGUUUUAUUCUGCUGACAGAAGAGCUCUCUCCUGUGGGCAGAGAACAUCUCCACCAGGUGCUAUAGCGCUUCUAGUAUAGACUAGCCCAGAGAUGCCAUAAGAGCAAUUACUGCAGUAUUUAAACCUCAAAAAUGGGUCACUGAGGGAUUAUAAAAGCCUGUGGAAAAUGUAAACAAAAGCCAAGAAACCUCUCUUGUCAUGUACCUUUUAUUUUUUGGCCUCCUCUGGAGCUUGUCGCUGUAGUAUGAGGCCCCCCACCAGUGAGAACCAAGGGCAGUACUCUGGUGAAAAGCCCAGCCCACUGAAGCUAAGAUUUCUGCUGGUAUACUGUCUUUGAGCCCAAUUUAAGGAAGUGGGGCUCUGUUUUUUUAUAUUAAUCUCUGGCUAGUAGGUGUCCGUAAACUUCUACCCAACCACCUUUUAGCAGCUGAAAGAGAAGAGAGGCUUUCUGUUCUCCCUCUUGAGUGUCUCUUUGUUGUGAUGAAAGGUGGGAAGAAAACAGGUCUCCACUCACCACCUGUUUUGAGGAGGAUACCUGUAAAAGAUGGUGGAUCGCUUGGCAAACAGUGAAGCAAAUACUAGACGAAUAAGUAUAGUGGAAAACUGUUUUGGAGCAGCUGGUCAACCUUUGACUAUUCCUGGUCGUGUUCUGAUUGGAGAAGGAGUGUUAACAAAGCUGUGUAGGAAGAAACCUAAAGCAAGACAGUUUUUCUUAUUCAAUGAUAUUCUUGUCUAUGGUAACAUUGUUAUCCAGAAGAAAAAAUAUAAUAAACAGCACAUAAUUCCACUGGAAAAUGUCACUAUUGAUUCCAUCCAAGAUGAGGGGGACUUACGGAAUGGGUGGCUUAUUAAGACACCAACAAAAUCUUUUGCAGUUUAUGCUGCCACUGCCACAGAGAAGUCUGAAUGGAUGAGCCACAUAAAUAAAUGUGUUUCUGAUUUGCUUUCCAAAAGUGGGAAAACUCCCAGUAAUGAACACGCCGCUGUCUGGGUGCCUGACUCAGAGGCUACUGUUUGCAUGCGUUGUCAGAAAGCAAAAUUUACACCUGUCAAUCGUCGUCACCACUGUCGCAAAUGUGGCUUUGUUGUAUGUGGACCCUGUUCUGAAAAGAGGUUUCUUCUUCCCAGCCAGUCCUCCAAGCCUGUGCGGAUUUGUGACUUCUGUUAUGAUCUUCUUUCUACUGGGGAGAUGACCACUUGUCAGCCCACUAGAUCAGACUCUUACAGCCAGUCACCUAAGUCCCCUUUAAAUGAUGUAUCUGAUGAUGAUGACGAUGAUGAUAGCAGUGAUUAAGGACCAAAUAUUGUUUUCAGGCAUUGCAAUUGGUAUUUUGAACCAUAAAGAGCUGCUUUUUGGGGAAACCUGUAGCCAGACUCCUCUGAAAUUCUAUUCUAGCCAUAAAAUUUGCCUGAGUAUCUUCAACUACAAUGUGCCUCAUAUGAAUGCUCUAGACAAUAGGCUUUUCACUCUUCUGCAGGGAUAGACUGUUGCAAAUAUAUCAGAUAAUUUUCCAACUUCUUAUACUUGAGUUAUGUCUAGAGUAGACUUUUUGUUGAAGAUUGGAAAAUUCAGCAUAGCUUUCUUUAUUUAACAACCAUGCUACAUUGUUUGAUAGUGAUACUUUAUCAUUUCUGGUUUUUUUAAUAUGGGAAAAUAAACAUGCAUGAAACUAUGAUAAAUAUAUUUUGGUUAAUUCCAUCAAAUGUUAGCUUUUUCUAAGCAUGUUAUGUAAUGAUAAAUUGAAUUUACAUUUCAUAACACAUAUUCAUACUUUAAAUGUCACUAUUUUGGGGGGGAAAUUGUUUUGCAUUUAUUUAUGACAAGCAGUGCCUUGUAAUGAUUGUGGUGUUUCAGGAAGAAACAAACCUGUUGCAUACUAUCUGGCUUUGCAUGGCACAAAUAUCUGAGAAAUUGUUGGUGCUAUUGAAAAUAAUUGCUGUGGUAAAAUAAGGUUUUGGAAAGCACAUUAAUGUAUUCACACCAAUGCAGUGAGUGUGUAUGGCCCCAAUCAUGUAACCUAAUCUGUGACGGCAGCCCCAGUACAUGUGCAAAUUCCCACAAACCUGAGUGGGCUUCCGCAAAAGUUGUAGAGGCUCACUCACAUGCAUCAAAUUACAGGGUCAUUAUCUCUGGUGGAUAAAUUUCGUCUGAUCUUCUCCACAUGGUUAUACAAUCUUAUUUCUCUUCAAAAUAGUUCUAAGAUUUCUUGCAUUUUUAUAUUUUAUAGGUAUCAGAAAUAGUAAUUGGCAAGUUCAUUGUUAAAUUUUGACUGGUUUAACAUUUUGUUCCUGAAAUUCAUUAAGUUGUUCUGAAUUGCUUCCCAACACAACACUAAUUUGUUUGUUUCACAUUAGCGGGAGGUAUUUUUAGGUAAAGAUUGGAAUUUAUUUUUAAAUAAGCUAGUGUGAAAAAUUUCUGACCAAUCUGUGAACACCUUUGUAAAAAUGGCUCUUCUUUAUACACAACUGACCUCAAGUUAAAAGGAGAAUGCAGAUUAUUUCCUUUUAAACAUAUAUAUACUCAUGACCAAGAAAGCUGUAACUAAGUUACAAAAUGGUCAGUGCAGAAAAUGUCUAACAGUUCGCUUUACUUUUAUCAAGUUAUUUUCUACAGAAGUGUGAUAUUCCUAUAUAAAUGUAAAAGUUAGCUUUGUGAAGAUUUGUAAAAUCCUAAACAUGUUGACAUUUCUAUAUUUUUAUAAUAGUCAAUUUUUAUGUGAAAAAACCUGAAAUAAUUAUAUAGGAAUAUAGUAGCAACUGAUUUUAUAAAAAAAAAAAAAAAGUUAAAUUUAUAUAUAGAUCUUUGUUUAUUAAGCGACAGUUUCUGCACUGUUGCCUUGGCUGGCAAUAAUUGGGUUAAAAGUAUUUAUUGAAUAAACAGUCAAUGCUGCAUAUUGCACUAGUCUCCCAAUCUGUACAUUGUAACUGUUAUGUUUUUAGCAAAAUUACAAUGUAAAGCAAUAAUUCUCAAUUUAGUAUCCAGCUAGCUAAAGAGUGCAAUUAACAUAAGAAUUGCUAUAAUUUUAAAUUGAAUAGAGACAUGCUAUUUUCUUUAAAAAGCACGAAAGUAAAAAGUUUGAUCUGCUUUAAAAUAAAUAUUGAAAGGGGGGAAACGCUUUCUGUAAUUAGGGCUUACGGAACAGGGGUACUCAUUAAUAUUUCCUGAUAAGCAAUAAAUGGGGGAAUGUGCUUAAAGGAUAGCUGAAAUAAAUCAGUGUGCUCAUACCUUGAUUCAUAGGAAACAGUGACUUGCAGAAUUAAGGAAGAAUGUUCUGAGGAGUAUUUUCAUGCAACAAAUCUUACCUUUGUGCUUAUGCAACAAUAUUUCUGUUUCAGAAAUGGAGACUAAAUUUUAUUAGCUUAGUUUUUCUAUAGAAACAUAAUUCAGAGACUUUCUGUGUAAAUAUCUGUGCUAAUGAUUAACAAUAUAAUUGAUAUACUUUAGUUUUCUUUUCUUAAGCUGUGAUACAAAAUUAAUAUUCAUUUGCCCUGUUUCAGAAUUCCAUCCUUUGUAUAUCUUUUCAGUAUGUUUGUAAGUUGCACAUACGUCUUCAGCACUUUUUUUUUUUUCUGGGAGGAAACAUUUACAUUUCUUCCUAAGUUAUUUCUGCAGAAUGUUCUUGCACCUACACAAAUCCAUCAUUACCUGUUAACAAAAUUUGUACUAUGCUGCACUGAUUCCUAAAGCUGUAACCAAACUGACAUAUAAAGGGGAAAAAUCAUUGUUUCAUCUGAAACUAAUGUAUAGCAGUCAAAGCUUUUAGGGAACAUAAAAGAUUUUGAUAAUAUGCAUAUUCCAUUGUGGUGUUCCAAAUAAUUUUAAAUUCUUGUACUUUCAGAUUCUUCAAAGGGCUCAAUACAUGACUUGUAAACUUGUUUUCGGUCAAAUCUACUUACUUUACUUACAAAUAUAUGGUGUAGCUUCAAA